AAGCUUGAGCCUCUUGCGCUCCCGUCCGGGCGCCGCUGUCCGCGGAGCACCGGCGGCCGCCGCAGCGGCUCUUCCUCCGCUGCUGCCAUGUCCGGCCUGGCCAAAGCCUCCGGCGCGCUCAAAUCCGUGGAUUACGAAGUGUUCGGGCGGGUGCAAGGUGUUUGUUUCAGGAUGUACACAGAGCAGGAAGCCAAGAAAUUAGGAGUGGUUGGCUGGGUUAAAAACACCAGCCAAGGAACCGUGACGGGCCAAGUUCAGGGCCCAGAAGAGAGAGUGAAUGAAAUGAAAUCCUGGCUGAGCAAAGUUGGAAGCCCAAGUUCCCGCAUCGAUAAAACAAGCUUUUCCAACGAGAAGGAGAUUUCCAAGCUUGACUUCUCGGAUUUCAACACUAGAUACUAACAGGAGGGCACCUCACUGAGCACAAAACUGACAUUUCUGCUGCAUGAUAUUUUCUGUGCCUCCAUCAAAUGUCGCGAGAGCAUUGGGAUGCUUUUCUGUGCUAGAGAUAAAUGUAAAUGCUCCCUGUUCUCACCAAGUAAGAAUUCCUGGUUGCUGUGUUAGACAUCUUACACCAUGAAUGUCAACAUUUAGUGUUUAAAAUGCCAAUAUCUAAUUUACUGCAGCUUUGAAAGACAGAUAAAAGCUUAGUGCUGGUGGUUAUUUGUGCACAAUAAGACUUGUUACAUACAACCAGAUGGUACCUAAUCUUUACACUGAGAGUCAUAUUUUGGAUGAAAAAUAAUAAUAAAUUUAUGUUCUACUGUUUGUAAUCUCACAAAAAAUACAUAACCAGAGAACUGGAACACUUGAGAGUUCUGUGUAACAAGUCUAUUACAGACCAGGCUCUUUGUGGUAAUUAAUAAAGUUAUAGUGGUAAUUUGAAAUAAAUACAUUGUUUCAAACUAG